AUGAGAGCACAGCAGCUGGUGAGUGUCACGGAGAGCAGACAAUGGCCACAGGGCAUGACAUCAGCAGAGCAGACAAAUAUGGGGCAUUUUAUGGGCAUAAUAACGUUGCCAAAUAAACAGCUGACUGGCGUGGAGGAAACUUUGUAUAUGAAUACAUACACUGGCAGCAUCCUCAUAGCAGUCAACCCCUACAAGGAGCUUGAAAUAUAUGGACCCGAUGUGGUGAUGCGGUACCAGGGCCGGAAGCUGCUGGAGGAGGAGCCCCACAUCUUCGCCAUCUCGGAGUCCUCCUUCGUGGCCCUCCAGCGCCUCGACAAGAACCAGUCCUGCGUCAUCUCGGGCGAAUCGGGCGCCGGCAAGACGGAGACGACCAAGUUCAUCCUGCAGUACCUUUGCUCCGUGACCUCCGGGGUCUCGACGUGGGUCGAGCAGCAGAUCAUCGAGGCCAACAGCAUCUUGGAGGCGUUUGGCAAUGCUAAGACAGUUAGAAAUGACAACUCUAGUCGAUUUGGAAAGUUUAUGCAAGUGUGCUUUGACACAUCUUGGCAUAUCAAAGGCUGUGUCAUGCAGGACUACCUCCUGGAGCAGUCCAGAAUCACCUUCCAGGGACCUGAAGAGAGGAACUACCACGUCUUCUAUCAGCUAGUUGCCGCCGCACAAAAUAACAAGGAAAUCGCAGACCAGUUCCAUUUGCGGCCGGCGAGCUUCUACACCUACCUGAAUCAGUCAGGUUGCAUCACCAUAGAUGGGGUGGAUGACAUCAAGAAAUUUGAUGGACUCCGACUAGCUUUCAAUGUGCUUCAUGUCCCGCCAGAGAUCUGUGAUGGCAUUUUCGGCACACUGGCUGCUAUUCUGUGGCUAGGCAAUUUAGAGUUCGUAGACAUUGAUGGCGAGAAGUGCGAGUUGAGUACUAACGAUAAGGAGGUGCUAACCAUCGUCGCAGAAUUGCUGAAUCUGGAGGAGGAGGAUCUGCUGGGCAUUGUUCUUCAGCGCCAGAUUAACAUCAGAGGAAACAUCACACGAAUUCCACUCAAGCUUGCCGAGGCUCGAGAAAACAGGCAUGCCAUGGCCAAAGCACUGUAUUCGAGAACAUUUGCUUGGCUUGUUGACCAUAUCAACAAGUGCACCAACCCUGGGCAGGACCAGACGAGAUUUUUAGGUGUGCUGGACAUCUUUGGAUUCGAGAACUUUGCAACUAACUCUUUUGAACAGUUGUGUAUCAACUAUACCAAUGAAAAACUACACAAAUUCUUUAAUCAUUAUGUGUUUGCAUUGGAGCAAGAAAUUUAUCGUCAGGAGGAGAUCAAGUUUUCCCACAUCACCUUCACUGACAACACAGAGUGCCUUGAACUGCUUGAAAAGCCACCAAGGUGCAUCCUCAAACUCUUAUCAGAAGAGUGCCGAAUGCCCAAGGGUGCCGACAAAUCCUACUUGACCAAGCUACACCAAGAAUUUGAUUCCCAUCCAAACUACAUCAAGGGUGAAGACAGAAGAAAGUGGGAAGUGGAAUUUGGUAUCAACCACUAUGCAGGUAAAGUGAUAUACACAGUGAAAGGCUUUGUUGACAAGAACAGAGACGCACAGCAAGAUGUAUUUUUUGAAUUGAUGAACAAGUCACGGAACAAAUUUGUUGCCGAUCUCAUCAGAUUCCAGGAUCUCCUUGGCUGCACCAUUGCCAGAAUGGGUACCAUACACAGCACAAUCUCCAGAGGAACCUCAAAGGGCAAGCCAACAGUUGCCGAUGCUUUCCGCAACCAACUUCAGGCUUUGGUUGAUGUCCUGCAGUCAACUAAUCCAUGGUAUGUUAGAUGCAUUAAGCCAAACAAAAGCAAAUCCGCUGACUCCUACGAUGAAUUGAUGGUGCUCGACCAGCUGCGGUAUUUGGGCAUGAAUGAUAUCAUCAGGAUCCGCAAAGAAGGGUUCCCUAUUCAUAUGACCUUCACAGAUUUCAUCACCAGAUACUUUUGCCUAAAUAAGAAGCGCAGACAUCCGACGACCAAAGACCAUGUGUGUGACAUCAUGAAAGGUCAGAAUUUACCACCAAGGGAGUGGCAAGUUGGCAAGAGCAAAGUAUUCAUCCGGCAGAAAGUGUAUGAGCCACUAGAAGACCAGCGUGUCACCACGAUGCGCGAUGCAGCCGUCAAAAUCCAGGCUGCAUAUCGCAUGCAUAAGCAUAGAAUAGAAUAUAACAGGGUACGAGCAGCAUGUAUAAAUAUCCAAAAUCGCUACCGGGGUUGGAAGCUACGACUGGUAUUCCUGAGAAAGAGGAGGGCGGCAGUAAUUAUUCAGUCUAAUGUCCGAGGAAUGUUUGCCCGAGAGGUUGCAAAUGCCCUUCGUGAAAUGAAGCGAAUCGAGGAGGAACAGCGGAGACGAGAGAAGCUGGAGGAGGAGAGACGGCAGAGGGAAGAGGAAGCCCUUAAGUUGGCAGAAGACGAGGAGAAGAGAAAAGAGCUGGAGGAGGCGCAGAGCAAACAAUAUGAUGGGCUAGCAGCUGUAGGGGAAGGGAAAGUCGAGGAGGAGAUGGCAACACUCUCCAACAUGGCCGAGACAGUGAACACGCGGCUGGCCACCUCUGGCCCGACCAAUCCAGACGACGCUUCUCAGGGCUCAGGAGAAGGGGUUGAUCUCGACAACCUGUUCUCCUUCUUAUCCAACAUGGAAUCAGAGAGACAUGUCCUUGAUGAAAUAUCUCGGCAGAUGGAAGAACUUGCCGACAAUGUAGAAGAGGAGAUCGAAGCUCUCAACCGUAGCGGAGGGGAAGGACAGGAAUCCCCUUUGCCUCCACCACCACCCCCUCACGCCCCAGAUUCUCUCCCUCCUCCUCCGCUGCCUCAGGACCUUGUUUCUCCACCACAAGUCGUAGAACAACCGCCACCUCCUCCACCAGCGUUGUCCGUACCCCCAGGAGCGGCAGAGCAGAAGGGAAACAGAGAGAGUGGGGAUAGCCUGCCACCCCCACCUCCGCCACAGAUGAAUGGAUUCCAUGAAGAUGAGAAGCCAAAGGAGCCAAUAUAUGAAACUAUUCCUGUCGGCUUAGCAGGGUCACAGGGUCGAAGGGAACCAAACUACGUAUCAGGUCCGCCACCUGCAGGCCCUCCACCUGCUCCUCCAGAGGAAGAGGUUGAGUUAAGAAGACCUCGAGAACAUUCUCUGGAACGUCGUCGAAGAGCUUCAGGUCAGAAGCGACCUUCGAGAUCCCCCUCUGCUCGAAGCCCAUCACGGGUGUCACGAUCCGGUACAAGAAGUCCUGUGCAGCGGGUGAGCAGUCGCAACAAUGGUGUGGUUGAAGACCCAGACAGAGUUGAACGUCGUAAGCAGAGAGUUGAGCGUAAGCUUCAUGAAUUGGAGGAGCUUGAAGAGAACAAAGAGAACGAGAGCCAGAAUCAUUUUGAUAUGAUUGAGUUUGCAGAAAAGUAUUUCAAUAAUCAUGAACGUUCGCCUGAGGGCACCAUCAUGUCUACACUGACCCGCAAACGUUCCACAGCAGAGUUCCUUCCCAAGUAUGAGCUGAUCACGUAUUCUCGCUCCUCCAUCAUCCCUACCUCUCAUGUCCACCUUUAUGACCCAGAAAACAUCAACCUUGCUUGCACAAUCUUUAGGGACUUAUGCAAAUACUGCCGAGGAGAAUUAAAACCCGAGCAAGAGAUAACAACUAUCCAGAACAUUAUCGCUCAUGGCCUGGAGCGGGAGGAGCUGCGCAACGAAAUCUUUGUCCAGUGUAUGCGGCAGGUCACCAAUAACCCGAGCACAGAAUCACUGGAACGGCUUUGGCUAAUGUUGUGUCUGUGUGUUGUGGCUUUCCAACCUGGAAAACUUCUUCAUAAGUAUUUUGUAAGCUUCCUUCAAAAGAGCCUUAGCCUUGAUGGAAAGCUGCGGCAGUAUGUGCAAUGGUGCCUCGAAAACUGUAAAAAUACAAAGGUCAGUUGCAGAAGACUGCCACCUUCCUCAGUGGAGAUUGCAGCCAUGAAAAAACUUGGAACUAUUGUAUGCAGAUUCUUCUUCCUGGACGGACGCACCAAGGCCAUUGACGUCCAUCCAAGGGACACUGCUGGUGAUGCCAUGCAGAAGCUUGCAGACAGACUUGGACUGGCGAAUUUAGAGGGCUGGGCGAUAUAUGAAUCUGGUCUGGAUGGAGACAAGCACGUUAAGAUCCACGAGUAUCUGUAUGAUGUGAUAUCAUCUUGGGAAACGAAACAACAAAAGGUUGGGAGUUCAAGCAACUAUGGAACUCUCAAUAAACGCUCCUCACAGACGGUCAGUUCUGGGGAGAACAGAUUUGUUUUCCGCAAACGUCUCUUCCGCUCUCCUCGCGAAAUUCCAAGCGAUCCAGUGCAAGUGAACCUGUUAUAUGCUCAGGCAGUAUAUAGUGUAGUAAGAGCUGAUGACUUCCCAAUCAAUGAAAAAGUAGCUCUUCAGUUGGCUGGGCUCCAGGCACAGGUAGCACUUGGUGAUCCAAAGGAUGGCAAGACUGAAUUUUAUGCCGAUAUUCAGUCCUACCUGCCAUCCCGCAUAGCUCAAGGAAAAAAGCAGGCUGAGUGGAUACCAGUGCUUGGACAGGCACACAGGCAGUAUGGCACCGGCAAGACAGACAUCGUGGCUAAAGUGUGGUAUCUGACUUGUGUCAUGCAGUUCCCUCUCUACGGAACCACAAUGUUCCAAGUCUCAUAUAGAGGUUACUGGUCUUACGGCAACACACUUAUUCUGGGAGUGAACUGUGAUGGCAUUGCUAUGAUUAAACCAGAUGACAAAUUCAUCCUUUAUGAGUAUAGAUACUGUGACAUAGAAUCAAUCUUUUUAGACCCAAGUGACAACUUCAUCACCAUAAACCUCUUAAGAACUCUGCCAGAUGCACAUAAAUGCUUUGUUUUUGAAACCAAAGAAAAGGAAGAAAUAGGCUUCCUUAUAGCUAGUUAUUCUCCACUUCUGGCAUCUUGGAUAAAAGACAUGGACUCUAAUAAGAAGGUGAAGCAGAUUACGGGUGAAGAUCGAAUACGGUUGUAUUACAACCUGGUGCAUGCGCGUCGGCAGAUCAUUGAUGCCAACAUCCUCAGGAAACCUCAGGACCAGGGCGGGAACUUCUUUGUCAGUACGCUGAGGAGAUUGAACAAGCAAAAGCUAGAGAAGCUGCGACAGGAUUAUGGGGAAAAUUCAGAGACAUACAAGGGCUUCCACCACAUGUUCUGGGCGUUCUCCAAGACUACUUUGACUCAGACUCUCACAAAGAUCGCAACACCAGAGGUUGAGCAGCAGGCACUCCAGAUCUCUCUUGCCAUCCUUACAUAUGCGGGUCUUAAUCCUAAUGCUGAAGCGGCAGUAACAAGUGAUGACCAGCAACUGACAAUGGUUCAGGGUGUGGUGGAGCAGUGUAUGAAGCGAGACCUCCUUCUUAACGAGACGUAUCUCCAGCUCAUCAAACAAACAACAGAUCAUCCAGAUCCAAAUUCGCGGGUAAACUUACGGCAUUGGUCCUUGCUGACUUUAUUCUGCUCCGUCAUUCCCCCAACUGACAAGAGUGUGAGAAAAUACCUCCGUGCACACCUACAGCGCUGUGCCACAGACUAUGUGUCUGAAGAGGGAAAGUAUGCUCGUUAUGCUGAGAAGUGUCUUGUUAAAGCUCUGAACAAUCGACGUCGGCAGUGGGCUCCCUCAAAACAGGAGAUCUUAUGUACAAUAAAUCGCAGACCAAUAUAUGCUCGCUUCCAUUUCAUGGAUGGACAGUUCCAUUCAUUGGAGUUUGAUGCAUCAGCAACAACAUCAGAUGUUGUUGAUCUAAUCAAACACAAGAUUGGACUCAAAGAAACCACCAAAGGUUAUGCCAUUUAUGAGAUGUUGGGGACGACAGAAAGGUGCAUACUGAUGGAAGAGGUCCUGGCAGAUGUAAUGUCCCGGUGGGAGCGAUACAGGCAGUCUACUGCAGCCACUCAACACCACAACCAUCACAUAUUCCUGUUUAAGAAACACCUACUUCUUGAGCAGUGGAUAGACCUGAGUGACAAUGUGGAGAAAGAACUCCUUUACUUCCAAGUCCUCUAUACACUUCGUGCAGAUAAAUUCCCUGUCACGCAGAUGGAAGCAGUGAUGCUGUGUUCCUUGAGAGCCCAGAUAGAACUAGGAAACUUUACGGCAAACAUGGACUACGGCGAGGUGAUAGCACACACUCUUUCCCCACGCUUGCUGACUAGUGUGACCCAUGAGUCUGUGGCUAUGCACCAUCAGAGCCUCUUCAAUAUGGAUUCACAGGAAGCAAAGCAAGCCUUCCUCAACCUUAUUAAAUCUUGGCCAUUGCAUAGAGCUACAAUAUUUGAUGUUACACAAUCAUUUACUUCCAACUGGCCAAAGGUCCUGUGGCUUGCCAUUGAUGAGAAUGGAGUGCAUCUCCUUGAGCAUCGGUCCAGGAACGUGUUGUGCACCUAUGAAUAUGACUACAUAUUGAAUUACUCAGCCUCCAUUACUGCGCUUAUGAUCAUUACAGGAUCUACAAGGAAGCAGAGCAAAAUAAUCCUCAAUACAACUCAGGCUUUCAUGAUUGCAACCUUAAUCAAAGAUUAUACUGAAGUUCUGAGAGAAAGCAUGGGUGGUGCACCACCAGAGCCCCCCCCUCAUAGGGGCAUUCUGGCACAGCCCAUGGCAGAGGAAGGAACAGUUCUUCACCAGCAGCAGCAGCAGCAGCAGCAGCAGCAGCAGCAGCAGCAGCAGCAACUGCAGCAGCAACCCAGACGGCAUCGCCCUCCCAGCAUCAUGGCCAGGCCGCCUCCGACUCUCACAGAGGAGCUGGUCACUCAAUGAUGUGCUUCUCAAUGCUAAUGGUUUUCAAAUAUUUCUAGUUUUUUGAGUGGGAACUUAUCCUCAGUAUUUUUAUGACGCUUGGUAAUACUCAGACAUGUCAAGAUAUGUUCAUGAAUUGCCCCAUCUAUUUUGUCCCUGAUAUUUGCUAGUUUCACUGUUGGAUAUUUCAGAUAUUUCCUAUUCUUCUACAAUCUGGGUUGUGGUCAGAUGUUUAGAGAAAUUGUAAAGAUGUUAGUGGUAAUCUAAACAGGGAAGUAAAGUGCCAGAAUAAAAAAGUAUUUUUAAAAGAUUUUAAUGAUAAAUGUUUGCAUGGUUAAGUUUGGAAUUAAACUGCAAGCAGUUUUUGUCCUGUAGAAGUUGAGAUUACAAUUUGAAUCAAAUGCCCAACAGGAAGAUUUGGCAAAAAAUUUGUUUACAGUUUUAAUAGAAAAAAAAGAUGUAGUAUAUUAAUGACAUAAGACUGGCCUCAAAGUUAUUUUCCCAGAUGAUUAUACCUUUGUUGAGACAUAUGUGCAAAAGUUAGACUUAGUAGUAGGUACUCUGAUUUCAGUUAGCAGUGAGUCCACGUGCUAUCAACAUAUAACAAGAACCAAAAACGUAACAUUGAUAUUGUAGAAGCCUAAGAAAUAAUUCUGCUUGAAAUAUGUAUAUAUAGGUGUAUAAGAGGGUACUAUCAGUUUAACUGGGAUGCGAGUGCUGUUUGUGUGACUCCGUAUGUUUAUUCAUUGUAAGUGUGUAUAUGUGUAUACACAUGAUCACGAGUGUCUGCGUGUGUAUCUGUGUGCACCUGUGUAUGUGUGUAUCUAUGCAAAUAAUGCAUGAACCUUCCUUUGGGUCUUGAUAUAGGUGGACUCUUCUCUUCCAUGCACUAACUUGCUCAAGAGCUUCAACAGUAGUCAGUUUGUUACCCAUCAUUCCCGUGGGGUGGGAACCAGUCACCUGCCUCGCUGUGUGUCGUAUGUUGUGCCAAGUGUAGGCCCUUGUUUUCGUUUAGCAAAGAUGCUUUAAGCAUGAGUGUUUGUUAUGAAUGAUAAGUGGUUUUAUCAUGUAUUUAGAUGAUCUGUGGAUGAUUUUCAUGGAGAAAGAUUAUUUAUGAUAUAUUCCAUUUGUACAAAUAAUUUCAAUUUCAAAUUAUGAAGAUAUACUUUUAUAGAAAUAUAUACUAUAUACAGAAAUACUAGAUUGCCUUCAGGAGUUCAUUUGAAUUGCCCUGAAGUCUGGGCAGAAUGUAAUAAACAUGAUAUCCACUUUCUGUUUUGGAUCUGUUUUAUUAAUACAAACAAAUGUCUUUUAAUGUGCACACACACACACACACACACACACACACACACACACACACACACACACACACACACACACACACACACACACACACACACACACACACACACACACACACA